AUGCCUUCGCUGCAAGAUCAGCUUCGGACCUUGAAGACCCCGGUCUCCAAGCAACUGGGAGUCGAGAAGUCCACGGAUUCCUUGUUAUUCGACCGAAAGGAAGCUGCUUCUUUUACUUCUGAGGAGUAUUUUAACUUAGGUAUGCUCUAAAUUAUUAACUUUACUUGGUUUAGGUUUGUUGGGUCUCCAAAGAUUGCGGAAAUUGGACAGAACUUUAGCUGAUGCGGAAUACGACCUUUUUCAUCCGUCGAAGGUAUCUUUCAAUAGAGCAACAAUCACAGCAGACCAAAAUGACGAACUCGAUAAGAAGCUGAAAAGCCUUUUGGUUCAUAUUUGUCCAUAUUUUCAUCAUCAAUCCUGUCGCCAAGUGUUGGAGUGGUUGAUAUAUAAGUAUCAGGUAAGUGUUGUCUAUGUUUAAAAAAUAUUUUUUUUAGGUACAUCUUUAUAAUGCUGAUUUGAUUGCGAAUCUGUUUCUUCUCUACCAUUCGACCAAUUCCUUUGGUCGUUUAUUAUCCAUCCUAAAUUUGAACAAAAAUGAUUGGAGUUUUUGUUCGGAUUUUGCUUUGAAAGGUCUUCCAAUUCCUUUCGAAUUUCUUGUCAAAGCUUGUUUGAGGUCUGGAUCCUCUUUGAUUUCAUCAUUAUCCGCUUCCUUGACCGAAGCCGUUCAAUUGGUGGGCGAGAAUUAUGUCAGUGAGAAGAUGCAAAUGCAUUUCACAUUUUUUGCCAGUGUGAUCGUUCAUUUAUUUGCGGAUCCUGCUCACAUCACUGAAGAGCUAAUUUCGAGGAUAAUCCCAUUUGUUGGGAUUGCCCUCAAGUCGAGGGUAUUGCCGUUCAAAACUGCUGGAUAUAUUAUUGUUUGUGAUCUCUGCAUGAACGCAACCCUGAACGAAGAAGUGCUUCAUAACAUUCUCACACUUUGUAUGACGGUAUGUUAUUUUGUUCUCAAAAAUAUUUUUGUUAUAGAAAAUGCGAUCAACUUGGUUUGAGAUGGCCAUGAACACCGUUUUUGUUAUUUCUCAAAAUCAGAAGUUGACAACACUGCCUGCAAGAACGACUGUAAAACUGUUAAAAAGAUGUGAAGAGAACGACGAUAUCAAUCUACAGGAAUUCUUCUCGACAGCAAUUGCCAAACUUGAUAUCAGUUGUUUUAUCGUCGCUUUCUCCAGGACAAUGUGUUCUUAUCUGGCCGAGUCAAGUAGGUUUGCUUUACCUCUUUUCUAUUCUGCUUUUAGAUCCAGAUGAAGAGACCAAGGAUUUGAUCCUGACUUAUUUGGAAGCACUCCUUGAUUUGGAGAACAUGACACAAUCGACUGCUCAUGGAUUCCUUGAUGCAAUCUUGCAGAGUUUUACUUCAAAAGAUGAUGUUAUAAUCCCACAGCGAUUGUGCCCUUUGAUCAAGAACGUGGUCAUUAGAUUCUCGAAUGUCUUCGAUCAGUUCCGAGCGCAGAAUCAUUUAACUGAGAGCCAUAUCCUUGAAAAGUUAAUGGAGCAAUGCAAGAUUGCAGAACAUGAAGUAGGAGUUCUGGACUUUACAGAGAACAAAAAGAAACGAAGAAGGAGAACGUCCAGUAUGCGAAUUCUGGAGGAAGAUCCGACGGUCUCAUUUGGACCAGGUUCGGCACCCAAGAUUACUGUAAGUGUUACGAUAAUAUUGUUUGGUACUAUAUUUGGUUCUAUUACAGAAAAAGGAUCAAAUGGAAGCUCUCCAAGACGGAAAUGAGAUCAAGAGGAUGUUCAAAAAGCCCAUUUCUCAUAUUUUGGAGAUGCUUACUAAGGAUGAAAUUGACGUAAAAGAUGUGGAAUGGGCUCUCCAAUCUUUGAAUGACGACAGUUACUUAUCGAAACAGACCACGAAAGACCUAAAUGACUUCUGGGUUGAUGUUGUUACCUUUAUCUCUAAGGAUCCGAAAUCGGAACUGAGGAAAUCCAUCAAACUAGGGUUGGUGAAGGUAAGGAUAAUGUUUGGAAAAUAUGAUUUUAGGUGAAUAUAUCCGAAAAAAACGUUGUAUCUUUGCUAUCAAGACAUCAAUCUAACCCCAAGAAACAGAAAUUGGAUAAGAGUUUGACUGAAGAGAAAUUCCAAAACGAAACCGACGCAGAGUUCGGAGAAAGAAUUCUGUUUGUUCUUGAAGCCCUCUUAGCUUCCAUUGUCAUCGAACCAACAAAGACUAUCAUCAGACGGAUCUUUAAGCUAAUUGAUAUGUGAGUUUUUUAUUCUACUAAACAAAAGUUGGUUUGUCUUAAAAUGAAAUUAGUUUGUAAUCCUAGAUCCCAAGCAACCGAGAAGAUGAUUGAGCCUCUGAAGAAUGUAAUCCAAGUUCAACAAAUCUGUUUCUCAUAUCUGGUGAAGUCCCUCCGACAUUCCGAAGUAUUAGAUGCAAUUGAACAGGAAUGCCAAGCGGAGGUCUUGAUCAAUAUUAUCCGGUUUGGCCAUGAUGUAAAUGUCUUGAGGAACGCCCUGAAGAUAUUAACUGCAGUUGCCCCAAGAAUGCCGGUAUGUUUGUACUACGGAAGAAUUUAGCAAAACUGAUAAUAUGCCAUAUUGCAUACAUAGUAUUAUAACUAUGAGGUCGCUCUCAAGAAAUUUCAAAAAAAUUUUCGAAUUUACCUUAAAAUGGUUUAAAAUGUUGAAUUAAAUAUUGAAAAGAUAAAUAAUUUUUCAGACCAAACUGACUUCCCAAGUGAUGUCUCUCUUCGCUUUUAUGGGCCAAGGAUUGCUCAAGAAGGAUAAUGAGAUGACGUUGAGUAUUGUGGAGGAGUCUCUCUCCUCCCUCGUGUCUGCUGUUCUCCAACCUUUGAAUAAGGGGUCCCUAGAAUUGAAGAAACAGCUCUUGGCCAUCAGUCGGAUCUUCGCCAAGUCUCUUCAUGAUAUUCCGAUUCAUCGACGUCUCAAAGUAGUCAAAGUUAUUGGAACUUGUGUGGAUUCGGAGGAUUUAUGGGUGGUGUUUGCCGCGAUCUACGAAGAUUUUUGUUUGAAUUGGGUUCGAGGAACAGCCAGGGAUUGGGAGGAGGAAUUGGAUUAUCUGUCACUGGAUUUGAUGGGAUCCUUGCCUCCAGAACAUCAGAUACAAGUCUGCAUCGAUCUCCUUGGUUAUAUCGUUGGUUUGGGAGGAGAUGAUGCUAAGGGAAGAACCUCCAAUCAAGAUGGUCUGAAGGUAUUCGAUGGGUCUAAUCAGCCAUUGAAGAAGUUGAGACAUUAUCGUUACAUUAUGAUCGGAUUUGUUGCCAAGAGUGUUAGUCAACAAGCAUUGUUUGAAGAGGUAUGUUGAUCGUUUCGGUUCUCAAUUCACUUCAUGUAGCUUUCCAAUCUGACUGAUGACGAGAUCUACGAAAGAACCGCCAAAGUUGGCAUCCGCAUGUUGGAGGUUAUCUCCUCGUUGGAUGACUUUGUACUCAAGGAACUCAAUGUUGCCGAAAAGGCGGAACAGAACGCCAGAGGAAAGGAAUCAGCCCCUGCGGCCAUCCAAACCCUCAAAUAUUGGAUCGCGUUGUCAGCUAGAGCCGAGGUCAUCGCCGACAAAAUGAGAUGCAUGUUGCCGGCCAAUGUGAGCGGCCAUAUUAUUUGUGAUCUCCUGGACAAUAAAUCGGCCAGUUCCAAGAUGAGAGACCGCGCACUUCAACUAUUGAAUGUGAAGUUGUUGAGUGAAACUGGAAAGGAGAACGAAGAGAAAACUGACAAGUUCGAUACUUAUCUUGUGAAGUUUGCGAAACUCUUGUCACGGUGGAUAAAACCAGCUAAGAAGAUUGACGAUGUAAGGAGAUUAGUGGAUGAUUCUUAUUGAUUAAUAUUGUUUUAGGUUGCAUUAUGUCAGAAAGCAGCGUUCUCUUUGAAAUUGUUGGCCAAACGGGUAGUCUCCGAUGAAGUUCGGCCGACCUUUGUAGAAGUCCUGAAGAGAUCUAGUGAUAUGGUAAUAAAUAUUAUGAUGAUUGAAUAAUUAUAUCACUUUAGCUAGUGAAAUGGGAGGAGCAGGAUGACUCGAUGAUUGGCAACAUCCUCCUCCUGGUCGCCGAAAUUGUUCGUUCUGGAUUGGUGUCUUCAGCUGUCCUCGAGAAUUGUGAUUCCAUCUCCCAAACAUGCCUGGCUAUUCUCAAGAAGUGUAAUAUAAGUAAUGAACAGAGUAGACCGGCAGAGGAGAACUCAGCGAUGGCCAAAAGAGUCAGACAUCGAGCGCAUUCGAUGAGCGGAAGACAAUUUGGAGAUGAUGUUGUGUUUGUUUGUGCUCUGACAUUGGUUUUGAGGCUUCUGGAUCAUGAAAAUGAGGUGCGUGAAAUGGAUGGUAGAGUAAAAUUUAUUUAUUUUUUUCAGGGAUCCCAAUCAUACCACGAAGAUUUCCUCGUCAAUGUCUCAGAGCUUUCUACCAAAUAUAUUCCAGUUUUGGAAAGGUUAAAAGAAGGAGAUGGUGAGGAUCUGAAAUUAGAAACAGCCUCUCAGAAGACUUCUUCAAUAAGACAUCGAUUACAACAACUGAACGCAUGUUUCAGUGGAAUGAACCUGGAAAAACUUCAGGAAUGUUUGAAUGGGGCCGUCAAGAAGGUUUAUGAGAAUACUGUAGGUUUAAAAUAUAUCUUGGCAUAUGUUAGAUAUACCUUAAAAAUAUAUUUUAGUAAUUGUGGGGGUGUUUGAUUAACAGCAUUACUUACAGGAAUGUCUGGCGACUUUGGGACUGUUAUUAGAAGAAGCAAUCAAGAAGAACGAGAACAACGACAAGAUCGGAAGUCUUUCAGUCGAGUUCCUUCCAGUUGUUAUUGAUCUUAUUGAGGUCCGAAAGAACACUAAACAUACUGAAGUGAGUUUCCCUUCAUUUAUAUUGUUGUUGCCUUUAGGAGAAUCUUGAAGCCCUAAAAUUGGCUGAGACAGCUGCUAUUCGAGCCUUCAUUUCACUAACGGAGAAUCUCAGCGAAUCCGAAUUGACUCCGGUGUUUGGAGAGUUCGCGGAUUGGGUGGAAGAGGGUUUCAAUAGCAAUGAACCCAAUAUCAAAUACAGGGUUUCGACGGUAUAUUUCCUGGCAAACAAGUUCUAUGACUACUACAACACCUUGGCCCUGCCUUAUUUCAAUCGACUGUUCUCUUAUGUUCCCAAAUUGAUGCGACUCCUAAAUGUGGCCAAGAGUAAGUGAAUCUAAUGUAAAUUGAAUUGUGAGAUUGUUCACGAAUGUUUAUAAUCAUUGCUUUUAGCAAGUAAAGAUGAGCUGUUUAUCGAUGGAAGUUCCAAGGGAUCAGUGGAGGGAAUUGUUGCCCAUGAAUUAAUUAUCAGACUCGUUCAGUUCGUCACAAAUUGCGCCAAACAUAGAGUUUUCAUCGGAGAGUAAGUUUUGUCAUUUAUUUUGGAAAGCUGUGUUUGGACGAGAAGUUUAUUAUUUUUCUUUCAGAGACAGAGCCGAGGUUGUCCAUGAAUGUAUUUUGGAUGAACUCGAGAAUAGAAAGGUCAGAGGUCAUGAACAAAGAUGCGUGAACUACCUUAUCGACUGCAUCUACUACAUCAGCGAGUCUUCCCCCGAUCUUUUCUCAACUUCCAUUUGUCAUAAAUUAUUGGAGAAGUUGAGGCAUUCGAAUGGAAGAAUCAGGCACAGAUCUCUGGUUGUUUUUGAUCGGGUAGCCAACAGAGCCGGGGAUGCCAUGGCUCCUUUACUCCCUGUGGUUGUACAAGCCCUCACUGAAGUCUUGGAAGGUAAUCAUUCGUUCUUUAUUUUCUUUGAUAUCGGUUCCAAUCGAUUGUAUAAUUUUGGAUUUAGAUAAUGAUCAAAAGGUGGCGGAUCAAUGCGAUCGAACCAUCCGGAUGCUCAAGGGCGUUUUUGGCGAAGAAAUCCUUCAGAAUUAA